AUUUGCCAGCCAAGAUGGAGUUUUUUUGGUGGCUACUGUUACUUCACAAGUCGUGCAUGCGCCUCGUGGCUGACCGCUGAAUCAAACUGUUCUACAAUGAGUUCCAAUUUGGUAACGAUUCACAAUCAAGAAGAAAAUGUCUACAUUCAACACCGUCACAACGGAGAGAGAUCUUGGAUUGGACUCAAUGAUCGAAGUGUGGAAGGCUCCUUUGUGUGGACAAACAAAGAAAUAAGCAAAUUUAGGUUCUGGGCCCCACAGCAACCAAACGACUGGAAAAAUGAAGACUGUGUUCACACUCUUGGCGCCAAGCAUGGUUACACUUGGAAUGAUGUGCCAUGUACUAACUGUUACAACUACACUUGUUUUAAAGGUAAUAAGCGUAGCACUAUGAAGAUUUAUAACUAUAUAUCCUAAUCUCCAUGUUCCACAUAGUGAAUCUACUGAGUUAAAACUACAUUCACAAAGGUCGAAACACAAUAACAGCAUGUUAGGCAGAUGGUUGGACAGAUUGCAUGAAAAGGAAGAGAGGGUAACACCGAUCAGUUUCAUUGUUAGAAACAUAGCGAAACAAGUCGUAUACAUUUGCAUUAAAAAAAUGUCCUUUGACCAAAAAAUGGCCGCAAAAGCCAGAAAUCGGCGUAAUCAAAAGAAGAACGAGAAAGCAUUCAUACGUUGGAACCACGGGAAUGGUCGCGCUAACUUCCGCUUACUUUUUAACCCGGUUUUCCAAACACCUCUUUGCAAAUUAUUAACGAACAUAAGCACAUAGGUUAACCAUUAACUGAAAAAAGUCAUAUUGUUUGACAAGAACCCUCUGUGUGCUUACUUUUUAGACUUGGAUGAAUGUACCACUGGUUCCCAUUCCUGUGACGUCAAUUCCGUAUGCCAGAAUACCGUGGGUUCAUACAAAUGUUCGUGUAAUGCUGGGUACACAGGAGAUGGAAAACCUUGCAAUGGUAUUUGAGAUAUAG